AUGUUAAAACACAAUAAGGUUCGGUCCGUCUUAGGACUUGUUUUAUUUGCAUUUAUUCUAUUGCCCAAUAUACAAAGUCGGCAUGUGCAAUCAACUUUUGAGUUGAAUCAGUACAAUGACUUUGAGUCAAUCUCGGAGGGUUUUAGGUUAAUCCAGACAAGCGAAGAGUCGCCGCCAGAAUGGAUGAGCCAGGGCGAAAUUCUCACUUUAUUCCGGAACAAUAUCAAGUUCAUGGACGUAACGGAUUUUUUAGAUUUGGGAACACAUCUAAAGACCACUCUGAAGCAUGUGUACCCAGCGGUACCCUUGUUUCAAGAUGAAGUCAAUGGUUUUAUUAGAAACCUGACUACAACAACUAUCCACGAAAACCUCGUUAAAUUUACUUCCUUCCAUAAUCGAUAUUAUCGAUCUUCGUACGGGGAGCAAUCUUCUAAAUGGCUCUACAGCCAAAUUUUCGAUAUAAUUCAAGACGCGAACGAUGCAAAUCUUGAUGUUGACGUCUCUGUGCGCAAGUUCACACACAGCUGGGCGCAAAAAUCAAUUAUUGCACGUUUCGAAGGGAGUGAUCCCGAGAAACAGAAUCAAGUUGUUAUUGUCGGUGCCCAUCAGGAUUCCAUUAAUAUGUGGUUGCCAGCUUUCGGACGAGCUCCGGGGGCUGAUGACGACGGAAGCGGCACGGUCACCAUUUUGGAAGCCUUCCGUGUGCUAGUUGCCGGACAAUUUCGUCCAGUGAGACCUGUCGAAUUCCAUUGGUAUUCUGCUGAAGAAGCUGGACUCCUCGGUUCACAAGCUAUUGCCUUGGAAUAUGAAAAGGAAGGGAAAGAUGUUGUUGGAAUGAUUCAGAACGACAUGACAGGGUAUGUCGGUAAAAAUAAGGAAUCGUUUGGCAUCGUCGUUGACUUUGUCGAUGAGGACUUGACCACUUUCUUAAAGAAAUUGGUCGGCGCUUAUACCGAAAUUCCAUUUACAGAAACAAAAUGCGGUUACGCUUGUUCUGAUCAUGCCUCUUGGAGAAAGGCCGGUUUUCCCUCUGCAUUUGCAAUCGAAUCUGAAUUUAGCGAUUCGAAUCCUCACAUCCAUUCGACAAAUGAUAUUGUCGAUCAUCUUAGUUUCGAGCAUAUGUUAGAGUUCUCCAAAGUAGGUUUUUGUUUUUUAAUAUUUGGGGAGAAAAGUUAUGACACUGAUUGA